ACACGACCUGUCAAAAUUCCUGCACAACAAUCUUAAACCAUUACGCUGGUAUACAUCUCUAUGGUAUACAUAGCGUCAUAUUACACGACUAAUUUUUAAUCUUCAUUUUCAAUCAUAAACCCACUUAAAUGUAACUUACUAAAAACUCCCUAAUAAGUACGCACUUCUUCCAUUAAAUCCUCAAAGAAAAGAAAUGUUCAAACUUGUCAGUUGUGUCUAUUUUGCACUGAACGAAAAUCUUAAAUACACAAGGUCAGGUUAUCAGUUAUCAGGGGCUUGAUUCAUCGGCCUAGCACUGGCAAUAUUUUUUUUUUCGUAUAUGUGAUACAUCAUGUGUUCGAUUAAUAGGUGUUUGUCGCCGAUGAGAAGUCGCUUGAAAAUUUAUGCCAGCGUGCGCAGUGCGCGACGGACGAGCUACUGGCACAACCCCGGCCGCGAGCCCUUGCUGCCGUGGACCACGGGGCAGGUGCUGGACCAGUCCGCAGAGCGCUUCCCGCACAGAGAGGCCGUGGUGUCUGUGCACCAGCGCCACAGACUCACCUUCCAGCAAGUCAGACAGCAGGCGGACCGGCUGGCGGCGGGGCUCUGGGAGCUGGGGCUGCGUCCCGGGGACCGGCUGGGACUCUGGAGCCCCAACAGCAGCGAGUGGGUGGUGUCGUACUUCGCUGCGGCCCGGGCCGGCCUGGUGCUGGUGAACAUCAACCCAGCGUACCAGAGCUCGGAGCUGGCCUACUGCGUGAACAAGGUGGGGGUGAAGGCGCUGAUUGCCGCAGACACCUUCAAGACACAGGACUACCACCGCCUGCUCCUGGCCGCUGCUCCGGAGCUGCAGACGGCACAGCCAGGAGACCUGCGCAGUCCCCACCUGCCCAGUCUCAGGUCCUUCGUCGUCGUGGGGGACAGGAAGUUACCGGGCACUUUCCAAUUGGAUGAGGUGAUGUGUGGAGGCAGUGUGGCGUCCCAGGAAGCCAUCAAGGAAGCACAGCUCUUGCAGCAGCCGGACGAGGGCUGCAACAUUCAGUUCACGUCCGGCACUACAGGCAAACCCAAGGCAACGCUGCUCAGUCAUCACAAUGUCGUGAACAACGCCUACUUCUUCGGCAAGAGGCUGGGACUUCAGUCCAAGCCUCACCGGCUGUGCGUGCCCGUCCCUCUGUUCCACACGUUCGGCAACACGCUGGGCAUCACGACGGCGUGGCUGUUCGGAGCGACGCUGGUGCUGCCCUCGGCCGGCUUCAGCGCCGCGGGCGUGCUGGCGGCCCUGCAGCAGGAGAGGUGCAGCGUGGUGUACGGCACGCCCACCAUGCACGUGGACAUGCUGGCGCUGGCCGAGCGCGACGGCGUGCGCCUGCCCGGCCUGGAGCUGGUCCUCACGUCCGGGGCGCCCACCUCCCCGCACCUGUUCCGCGAGUUCCGCCGGGUGUACGGCCUCCAGCGGGUCAACUCAAUGUAUGGGAUGACUGAGACCAGCCCAAUCACGUUCCAGCCUUUUGAAGACACUCCGACUGAAAAACUGGUCAACACUGUGGGUUACGUGUCAGAACAUACGGAGGUGAAGGUGGUGGACGCGGAGGGCCGGAUGGUGCCCCUGGGCAGCCCCGGGGAGCUGCUGGUGCGUGGGUACUGCUGCAUGCUGGGCUACUGGCAAGACGAGGACCAGACCCGCCAGACCAUCGGGCCAGACCGCUGGCUCAGGACGGGCGACCAGUUUGUGUUGCUGGAGGACGGCUACGGCAGAGUGGUGGGGCGCCUCAAGGACAUGAUCAUCAGAGGAGGGGAGAACAUCUUCCCUAGAGAGAUAGAGGACAUGCUGCAGACUCACCCGGACAUCCUAGAAGCCCAAGUGCUGGGGGUCCCGGACCCACGCCUGGGCGAGGUGGUGUGCUGCUUCGCCAGACUCCGGCCCGGGGCGUCUCUGUCUGCCCAGCAGCUCAGGGCGUACUGCACCGGCAAGAUCGCCCACUUCAAGAUACCACUGCACGUACGCUUCGUAACGAGUUUCCCGAAGACCACGUCGGGGAAGAUCCAGAAGUUCAAGUUGCAAGAACAACUCGUCGAGGAGCUGCGUGAAGACAGGGAAGUACGGACCCCGUGACGACUCACCGUCACACCGGCCCCUCCGGUUCAUGCUCGACUGCAGAGUUGUACAAUACAUGCUUUGCCCAUUAGGGCAUAAAACUGACCUUUGAACAUGGCCCCGUGUGCACGUUGGCAACUACCACAAUAAAUAAGCAUAGGGCCUUAAGGUGAGGACGACACCAAGGUUUUUAUUGACCUUGAAACCACUUAGGUAUCUAGGUACGAUAUGCAGCUGCACUGGGAUCCAGUUUGCAACCUUAGCCACGUGAAAAGAUAUGUGAGCGAUUGUCUCCAAGGUCUCACCGUUACCAAAACCAGACCCAUCUUAGUUGCUUACAGUUCAGCAUCACAUUUCAACCAUUAAUGCUAGAUUCAAGUGAACAUGCUAAUAAGGGAUCGUCCAUUAAUCACGUGAGGCUAGAUAAAAAAAGGGGGGGAGGGGGGUCGGGAAAAAUCACGAAAUAUCACAAGGGGGAAGGGGGGGUGUAGAGAGAUAUUACGUGUAUUUAUUUUUUCACGCGAUUUCUACUAAACCGAAAAGCGACGCGUGAUCUUGACUCGGCGUAGCCAGGCAACCAGUAAGACUGUGAUUUUGGUGCCGAAUACAUGCAUAAAUCACAUAUAAGCCUUUCCUUUAUUAUUUUUAUGCCAGUGAGAAUAAACCUGCAACCUUAAUGUGUGUCUGAACAUUUUUAUCACUGUGCUUAAUUUUCCAGAAUUAAAUUAGAUUAUACCUAUAUUUAAAGAUCAUAUUCGGAAAUUUUAAAAAAUAUUUUGUACCAAAAAAAUACACGUGAUUUAUUUGGGGGGGGGGGGGGGGGGGAGAAAUUAAGUCAAACUUCACCACAAAUCACUAGAGGGGAGGGGGGUUAAAAAUUUGCUAAAAACACAUCACGUGAUUAAUGGAUGACCCCUAACAUACAUAAUUACUAGAUUCAAGUGAACGUGCUAAUAACAUACAUAAUUACUAUACUUACACAUGUGCCUUCAUUACUUUCUUUUAUUGAAAUUGUGCAAUGAUAUAAUGGGUUUGUCAUUUAUCUUUCAAAAACACUUAUUAAUAAAGUUAUUGUACCUAAUGAAUUUUUAUAAUUAAAAUGAUCAACUUUUGUUCAUA